CUGUUUGGACGAUUUUUCCAAUUUUUUAAUGAAUUAUUUAAUGAAAUAUUCAAAUAAUAUAUAAAUAUAUUUUUCGCGUACUAUACGGAAUGUCUUUGGAUAAUUACAAUGGUACCCUUGAGUUGUGAGUCAUUGUGGUCAAAGGAAGAAGAUAAGGAGGCUCGGGAAGGAUAGAGGCGGAAGAGGAAAAAUGUUUGUGGCAGAAAAAAGCGCCAUCUUUAACAAGCUCUCCCCCUAUCUGUUUGUGAAGAAAAAUGGCAGAGAAUUCGGAACCAUAUUAGCUAAAAGGAGAGAUUUGCAACCUGAAAAUCCAAGUACUCAAGGAGGAAAAUUCGUCUUCCCCCCAUUGAGGGUUUCGAAUACAAUUCUUGCUAGGUCUGUGGUGGCUGUGCUGGGAUUAGGAUUCAUCGAUGCAGGGUAUAGUGGAGACUGGUCAAGGAUUGGAGUGAUCUCAAAAGAGAUUGAGGACUUGCUAAAGGUUGCUGCAUUUCUAGUUGUUCCAUUCUGUUUGUUCCUCAUAUUUUCUAUCUCCAAAGAACAGGAGGAUUGAAUUCACUGAGGUGGGCUCUUGGGUACUUUUAAUUGUAAGACGAACUGUGUUCUCAUGCUGAAAAUAUAUUUGUGGAUUUAAGGUUUUAAGCUGCCUCUUGCAAUAUUUGUCUGCAUGAGGUGAAGAUUGGUAAUGGUUU